GUAGCCCAUUUUGACUUGCGCUUCCAUUUACUGGUGAUCCUCCGGUUGCCGAUGGCGGCGCAGUGCGCAACCGCAUUGCAGUUAUGAUCAUUUUGAAUGCCGCGGGAAGAUUCGAAUCACACAGUGCUUAAGACAAGGAAGGUUGAAGAAGAAAACAACAACAUAAACUAGCUAGCUUGUAGUCCACUUCUUAAAAAAAACAGCAUGACUCAUUGCGAGCUUGAGGAUAUAACCAUGCACCUGAACAACAGGAUUUCAUCUAUAAGACGGGUAUUGGAGCUACGGGCAAUUGCAAAGGAUCAAGACAAGCGGAUCAUUCUAGAGAAAAUUGGACAAGAUGUUCUAGCAAUAGAUGGACUCCUUGACCAGUUUGAGAAAUGUGUUGUCCGCCAAAAAGACCUACUUAAGCAUUUAAAGGAACUUGAAGGGUUCUUCCAGGAGGAUGUGCAGGAUGGGAAACACCUUAGGGACAACAAGCCCACACACAUGCCCGGGAAGGGGCAGCAAGCCCUCCAUGGUGGAGGGCCUUUGAGUGAGAGUAAACCGGCAGAUGUGCAAACAGCCCAGCAGGAAAAGCCCAGGAAAACCUCCAAGAACCAUAUCAGAGAGAUGGAAUUCAUCACCAGUGUCGAGUUUGAGUCCAUCCCCCAGUAUAUGAAAGGCCGUGAGACAUAUGACCAGUUAAAUGCAGUUGUUCAAAACAUUAACAAGGCCUUGACAGGGAAAUACAAGAUUGUACACCAGUCAGCAAAAACCCUGAAUAAUGCCACACGAAAGCUUCUUCAGCGGUUUAAGGAGGAAGAGAACAAGGAAACGAAAGGUGUCUUUUUCUUUGUAGAGGCCGACAUUAAAGAGUUCACUCAGAUGAAGGUAGACAAGCGCUUCGUGAGGAUCCUUAACAUGCUGCGUCAUUGUCAGCGUCUCAGAGAGCUGCGAGGGGGAGGCAUCACGCGCUACGUUCUGCACUGAUCGGCCCAUACGUGGAGAACCAACAGUUCCCACUGAGCUUGAUUUGAACACGUUCAGUUGUCUUCUGUCUUCAACAUAUUUGGUUAUGCUUGUCGUUAAUUGAGGAGUAAAAAGGACCCCAAAAAAAAGCAAAGUUCUUAAGGGGGGGUGUGCACUUACAGUAUGUGAGAGUGUGUUUCUUUAAAUUAUACAAUCUCUGUGGUGAUCAAGGUGACUUGGUUUAUAACAAAAAUGUUUUAUAUUGGCAUAAAGGCAAUAAAUCUUGAAUAUAUUUUCUC